AUGGCGACUCUGUGGGGACGGAGGGCAGGGCCCAUGGGGCUGGGGGGUCUCCUCCUCCCCCUCCUCGUCCUCGGGGUGGCCGGUUCCCGGCUGCAGCUAGUCACAGAUCCCUCCUCCCGGGCCCUGCUGGGCUCUGGGACGCUGGUGAAAUGUCGGUUCGAUGCCGGGGGGCCGGUCGAUCUGAGCUCCCUGCGGGUUCAGUGGUAUCUGUGGGAGGAGAGGAUCGCGCAGUACGACCAGGGCAGGGGAGAAUCCCAGGUCAGAGGGAGCCUGUCGGAGCAGGAGUUGGAGAAUGGAAAUGCAUCCCUGUGGCUCUCCAGUGUGACGGUGUCGGAUAUGGGCCUGUAUAAAUGUGUUGUUGGCUACCGUACGGAGCAGCUGCAGGGAGAGACGACCCUCCGUGUGCUUGGUGGGACAGUGACGCUGGCAGAGCAGGUGCCAGCUCAUGCCAGGGUCCCCGUGUCUCAGCUGAACACUGACAGAGACGGAGCUGGGAUCGGCCUGGCUCACCUGUGGGUCAAUAUUGCUGGGACCUUUGGAUCGUUCGCCAGGAAGUGGAAAAGCGGGGAUUACAGCCGGCAGGAGGUACCGUGGAAUAGCGGCUCCUGGGUGUCCGAGAGAGGCGUGUUUGAGCUCACAGCUGCUCCCAGACUCUCCGUCCCCCGGAAAGCAGGGGUGUUAAAUGCAGCGACCUCCUUCCCCUGCCACGUGUGGGGAUUCUACCCUGGGGACGUCACCGUCACGUGGCUGAGAGACGGGCAGGUUCUGACCGACGCCACCCGCUCUGCCCCCGAGAGGAACCCGGACGGGACCUUUAACCUCACCCUGACCUACACCUUCACCCCCACCGCGAGCGACUCCGGCAGCAUCUUCUCCUGCCACGUCAGCCACGCGGCUCUGGUCCAGCCCCUGCGGGAGGAGUUCCCCCUGGCUGUCACAGGAGCGGAUCACACCAGCGCCGCGAUCGGGGCGACCCUGGGGAUCCUGGUCGCAGGGGGAGCUGCGGCCGCAAUAGCCAUUUACUGCUGGAGGAAGAGGCGGGAAGGCAGGGGACCCCCCUACUCCGUCUCCGAGGUGCUGGGGCCGGCGCGGUGUCUCCUGGGACAGGAGGUGACCCUGAGCUGCGCCAUGGAGGGGACGUUCCCGAAGGACACGGCUGUGACGUGGGAGCGGAUACACGGGGAGGACAGGACGGUGAUCAGGACUGACGGGGUCAGCGAGGCCGGGGAGGGGCCUGAGCACCAGCCGCUGUUACACGCCCAGCCCCCAGGCUGGAGAGCGACACAGGAGAGAUCCCCUUGUAAGGAGAGAUCAGGGACCUGCCUCGCGGCCUCCCUGAGCUUCACCCCCACGGUGCAGGACGACGGGGCGCGGGUCAGGUGCAGCUUCCACCACAAGUCCAGAGGGAUCCGAGAGCAGCGAGAGUCUGGGGAGAUCCAGCUGUGGGGUGAGUGUCCCCAGCAUAGGCGCUGACUCUGUGGGUGCUCCGGGGCUGGAGCACCCACGGAAAAAAAUUGGUGGGUGCUCAGCACCCAACGGCAGCUCCCUGUGGCCUCGCCCUG